AUGAGUAGUUUCGAUACUAAAUUGAAUUUUUUGUAAUAAGAAAUCAAAAUACUGACUGAAGAGAAUAAGGAAUUAAGAUAACUAAUUUAGAUGAAUAAAGAGAUUCUUAAAAUAUAUAGAGGACAAACAAGUACUAAUGUAAUAACUAUAAAAAUUAAAUUAGACUUUGCCAAGUGGUCCUUUAAUUACUUUGGAAGUUUGUAAAACUGAGACUUAUGAAAGUAAUGAUAUUCAAAUUAUGCUCUCUCAAUUAAUAGAAGAAAAUUGUAAAUUGUUUUCUUUUAAUGAAGACCUAAUAAAAUAAAGAGAUGAUUUGAGAGCAUAGGUUUUUUGAUUUUAUGAUUGUUAGAAUUUACUUUUGUAAUAAAUAGGAAUAGAAAAUUCUUAAAGAAUAUUGGAUAUUCAAAGUGAGAAAUAAAUAAAGUUGAUUGACCUAUAGAAUUAGCUUCUAGUUAAAGAUAAUCAAAUAAUUGAAUUAAAUGAAUAAUUAUAAAGUUUGCUUUAAAAAAAAAGAAUGAGAACCAAAAUUGUAUUAAUUUAUACAUAUAAAAGCCAAUAUCAAUAUAGAAUGAAUAUUUGACCUUUUAAAACUAAAUGGAAGCAAUGUAUAAAAUGCUCAUAAAAUACUAUGAAGAAAAUAGAUUAUAAAAGUAAGAAAAUAAGAAAUUGUCAAUGAUAAUUGAUAUAGUAAAGAAUGAUAAAAUAGAAGAUAAUAAUAAAUAAUUAAAUGAAUAAAGUCCAUAAUUAAAUGAAUCUAGUUUUGCUGAUAUAUUACCUGCUUAGAUUUCUACUACUCAAAAUCAUUAAAUUAUGAUUCCAAAAUUAAAUCUUGGAAAAGCUUAAAAAAUAUAAUAGUUAACAGUUGAAAAAUAAUUAGAGUAAGAAGAAUAAUAAAUUUAAUUGGACAAAGUUUUAUAAAUGGACUAGAAAUAUUAUUAAUCAAAUAAAUCACAAACUCCAUAAAAUAAAAAUGGAUAUUACAUAAAUCCUAAUAAAUUAUUAAUUCAACUUACAUCUCUAGCUGAUUAAAAUAAAACACUUUAAAAAGAAUUAAAUUAGUGCAAGACAAAAUUAUAAGAUGAAUUGCUAUUAAAUAAAGCUUUAGAAAGUAAGUUAGAAGAUAUGAAUAGAUAUGUCAAUGAAUUAGAAAGUACUAAUGAACUAUUGAUUAAAUCUUAAAUUGUUUUAGAAAACAAUUUUUAAAAACUAAAAUAAUUUAUUAUUUAAGGUAAGAAAGAACAAUAACUUAUUAAACAUAAAUACAAUGUUUCUAUGCAAAAUUUAAGUUAAAUGAAUUAGUAAACAAAGAAAAGAUGCAAUUCUGGGUACUGA